GUGAAUCAGGGGAACAUGCCAGGCAUCCAGAGCACCUUCCUUGCCAUGGACACAGAGGAGGGCGUGGAGGUGGUGUGGAACGAGCUGCUCUUCACCGACAAGAAGGCCUUUAAAGCACACGAGGAGAAGAUCAAGACCAUGUUUGAGCAGCUGGUGCUUGUGGAUCACCCCAACAUCGUAAAGCUUCACAAAUACUGGCUGGAUGUGAAAGACUUGAAGGCACGGGUCAUCUUCAUCACAGAAUACGUAUCCUCAGGGAGCCUGAAACAGUUCCUGAAGAAAACCAAGAAAAACCACAAGGCCAUGAAUGCCAGGGCCUGGAAGCGCUGGUGCACUCAGAUCCUGUCUGCGCUCAGCUUCCUGCACUCCUGUGAGCCUCCCAUCAUCCACGGCAACCUCACCAGCGACACCAUCUUCAUCCAGCACAAUGGGCUCAUAAAGAUUGGUUCAGUCUGGCACAGAGUGUUUGCAAAUGCCCUCCCGGAUGACCUGCGAAGCCCCAUCAGGAUUGAGAGGGAAGAGCUACGCAACUUGCAUUUCUUUCCCCCGGAGUACGGCCAAAAGACUGACGGGACUGCUGUGGACAUCUUCUCUUUUGGGAUGUGUGCACUGGAGAUGGCAGUGCUGGAGAUCCAGACUAAUGGGGACACGCGGGUCUCGGAGGAGGCAAUAGUGCGGGCACGACAUUCUCUGGAUGAUCCCAACAUGAGGGAGUUCAUUCUGUCGUGCUUGACCCUCAACCCAGACAAGCGACCAACAGCUAAUAACCUGCUCUUCCACCGGGUGCUCUUUGAGGUCCAUUCCCUUAAGCUGCUGGCAGCACACUGCUUCAUCAACAACCAGUAUCUGAUGCCAGAGAAUGUGGUGGAGGAGAAGAUAAAGGAACUGGACCUGAACAUGGUGAUGGCAGAGAUCCGGAGAGAGGGUCGGCCUGGAGCACAGUGGAGGUACUCGGAGGUCUCUUUCCUUGAACUCGACAAAUUCUUAGAAGACGUCAGGAAUGGGAUUUAUCCCCUGAUGAACUUCGCCGUUUCCAGACCCCACGCCCUCCCACGUGCACUCUCCCAGCCCCAGGAGGACCCUCAGAAAGCCAAGACUCCCACCCCAGAGCCCUUUGAUGUGGAGACCAGGAAGGUGGUGCAAAUGCAAUGUAACAUGGAGCUGAAUGAAGACAAGACCCAGUGGCAUCUUACUCUUCUGCUGAUCCUGGAGGACAAACUGCAUCGACAGCUGAGCUAUGACUUGCUGCCCACUGAUAACUCCAAGGACUUGGCAACAGAGCUGGUGCAUUAUGGAUUCAUCCACGAGGAUGACUGUGAAAAGCUGGCUAACUUCCUGGAAAAUGCCUUCCACAAAUACCGGUCUCCUCCCUUGUGA